AUGGCAUCCCAGGACCAUUGUUGUUCCACUCAGCUUCUUGACGGAGAUGGUACAAUGAACGUUGCCGGAAUCGAAAACUUCAUGAAAGAAGUUAAAUUAGGUGAAUGUGGGCUUUCCUAUGCCGUAGUUUCUAUAAUGGGUCCUCAAAGUAGUGGCAAGAGUACACUCUUAAAUUCUUUGUUUAAUACCAACUUCAGAGAGAUGGAUGCAUUUAAAGGAAGGUCUCAAACAACCAAAGGAAUUUGGAUGGCUAAAUGUGUUGGCAUAGAGCCUUGUACACUUGUGAUGGAUUUGGAGGGUACAGAUGGAAGAGAGCGUGGAGAGGAUGACACUGCAUUUGAAAAGCAGAGUGCUUUAUUUGCUUUGGCUAUUUCUGAUAUAGUGCUAAUAAACAUGUGGUGCCAUGACAUUGGCCGCGAACAAGCUGCAAAUAAGCCUCUUUUAAAAACUGUGUUUCAGGUCAUGAUGAGAUUGUUUAGUCCACGCAAAACAACAUUGCUGUUUGUCAUACGUGACAAGACAAAGACACCGCUUGAAAAUUUAGAGCCUGUUUUGCGAGAAGAUAUUCAGAAGAUAUGGGACUCUGUUCCUAAACCAGAGGCCCAUAAGGAAACCCCAUUAAGUGAUUUUUUCAUUGUUGAAGUUGUUGCUCUUUCUAGUUUCGAAGAAAAGGAAGAACAAUUUAAGGAACAGGUUGCCAGCUUGAGGAAACGAUUCCAGCAUUCUAUCGCUCCAGGUGGCCUUGCAGGGGAUCGGCGUGGAGUAGUUCCUGCUUCUGGCUUUUCUUUUAGUGCUCAGGAAAUCUGGAAAAUCAUUAAGGAGAAUAAGGAUCUCGACCUUCCCGCACACAAGGUCAUGGUUGCUACUGUUCGAUGUGAAGAAAUUGCUAAUGAGAAAUAUGACCUUCUUGUUUCAAAUAAGGACUGGUGUGAAUUGAAAGAGGCUGUGCAAUCUGGCCCUAUUUCUGGUUUUGGGAAAAAUCUCAAUUCACUCCUUACCGCUUGUCUUUCAGAAUAUGAUGCUGAAGCCAAUUAUUUUGACGAAGGUGUCAGAACGGCAAAACAAAAGCAACUCCAAGAAAAACUGUUGCAACUUGUCCAACCAGCAUUCCAAAGUGCGCUAGGACAUGUAAGGUCCAAAGCUUUUGAUAAGUUCAAGGCAGCAUUUGACAAGGCUUUGAAUGGAGGGGAAGCGUUUUCUUCUGCUGCUAAUACAUGCGUGGAGUCUUGUAUGGCUAAGUUUGAUGAAGGAUGUGCAGAUGUUGUCAUUGAAAUAGCUGACUGGGAUACAUCUAAAGUGAGGGAGAAGCUGCGGCGUGAUGUUGAUGCACAUGUCUCAUCUGUCCGUGCAUCUAAGAUAUCAGAACUAGUUUCAUCAUAUGAGGAAAAACUGAAGGAAGCAUUAUCUGCACCUGUUGAAACUCUAUUGGAUGGAGCUAAUAAUGAUACUUGGUCAUCGAUAAGGAAACUUCUUAAUCGUGAGACUCUAUCAGCUGUUUCUGGGUUCUCUGCAGAACUUGACAGAUAUGAUAUGGAUGAAGAAACAAAAAAGAGCAUGAUUGUGACUUUAGAGGAUUAUGCAAAGGGUGUGAUAGAAGCCAGGGCUAGGGAAGAGGCUAGCAGAGUUCUAAUCCGUAUGAAGGACAGGUUUAUGACAUUGUUUAGUCAUGAUUCUGAUUCAAUGCCUCGUAUUUGGACGGGUAAAGAAGAUAUUCGAGCCAUCACAAAGUCUUCCCGCUCUGAAUGCUUGAAGUUGCUGUCUGUAAUGGCUGUACUUCGUUUGGCUGAUGCUGAUGAUAUUUAUGAUAUAGAGAAAACAUUAACAGUCGCAUUGGCAGAUUCAUCAAGCGAUUCUGGUAAAGAUAAGAGCAUCACGACACUCGAUCCACUGGCUUCAAGCACUUGGGAGCAGGUUCCAACCUCUAAAACAUUGAUCACACCUGUCCAGUGCAAAUCAUUGUGGAAGCAAUUCAAGACAGAGACAGAAUAUACUGUCUCUCAGGCCAUUGCUGCACAGGAAGCCAACAAUCGUAGCAACAAUUGGUUACCUCCACCAUGGGCAAUUGUUGCUCUGCUUAUUCUUGGAUUUAAUGAAUUUAUGACAAUUUUAAGAAAUCCCUUGUAUAUAGGUGUCAUCUUUGUUGGCUAUCUUCUCUUGAAAUCCCUAUGGGUGCAGCUUGACGUUGCGGGAGAAUUUCAAAAUGGAGCUCUUCCAGGAAUCAUCUCCUUGUCUAGCAAGUUUGUUCCAGUUAUCAUGAACCUUGUGAGAAAACUAGCAGAGGAGGCACAGAAUGCUGCAGCCGAUGACCAUAGUGGAAAUUCAUCAAAACGCUAUGAGAGGCCUGUUCCUUCUGGUAGAGUUACAUCAUCGAGUUCUUCUUCUCGUCUGACUUCUUUGGGUAAUCGAACUGACUCAACCGAGUCUAUCAGUCCAUUAAAAGAAGAGUAGGUAAAGGUAGUUAUCUAACUGAAAAGCAAACUAUCCUGUUGAAGGGUGGUAGGGUCUGCAGAGUUUUUCCCUGUUCACAGAUUUAUGACUUGUGAUCAUUUUUAAAGACAUUAAAAGGUAUGAUUUUUGUGCAAAUGCCGCACAUGGGGACUGUUUGUUACGAGGCUCACGUUGAAAUACAAGUCUCUUCCAGUUAGGUUCUUUAGUUACUAUGGGAAGUUAGGUUGUGAAUUUUUUCAUACUGGCAGUGCAUUCAAUCUUGAGUGUAAGAGUUGAAUGUGGUCUGAGUGUAUCUUUCUGAAAGUUUAAUGUUGGAGUCGUGUGUUUAUAUUAGAUUUUUAAGAUUUUGACUGAUGCAACUGUAUGUAAGAUCAUUUUUCUGCCAAAUUGGUUAUCAUGCAAUACGAUGUUUAAUGUA